AUCGCCGCCGGGCGCGCCCUCGCCGCGCGCCGCGAAGCGCCGGCCGCUCCCGUUACUGGGGCAACUGCGGCGCCUCCUUCGGCCCGGCCCCGAUCGUCUCUCCGCGCCAUUUUCAAACUGAUCGUUGUCUAGGCGGAAGGAGCCAGCGAGGGAGGCGAGGCUCGAGGCGAGAUGCGGCCGCGGGCGGAGGCAGCAGCGGCCCGGGCAGUGGGAUACGAAGAAGUAUUACUUCUAAGUAACUAAAGUUGGUACCAAGAGAAGUGUUUGGACUUUAAUUUAGGGGAGUAAAUGAAACUAGCUUUGGAAGAAAAGAUGACUACAGCUACAGAAAGAAAGUAUAUUAACAUUAGGAAAAGAUUGGAUCAGUUGGGAUACCGCCAGACACUGACAGUGGAAUGUUUACCUUUAGUAGAAAAACUUUUCAGUGACCUAGUUCAUACAACAGAAAGUCUUCGUAAAUCAAAAUUAUCUGCCGUGAAAGCUGAAAAAGAAAGUGCCAAUUUUGAUUUUGUUUUGGAACCUUAUAAGCUUGAAAAUGCAAAAUUGAUCAGGGAAAAUAAUGAAUUAUAUCUGGAAUUAAUGAAACUGAGAGAACACUCAGGCCAACGCAUUAAAGAGUUGAAAAUUGCAUUGAAGACAUGUACACGUGAGGCAGCUGAUCUGCAAUUUCUAAAUAACCAGUAUGUUCAUAAACUCAAACUUUUGGAGAAAGAAAGCAAAGCUAAAAAUGAAAAAAUUCAACAACUUCAAGAAAAGAAUUUGCAUGCUGUAGUACAGACUCCAGGUGGCAAGAAAAGAAGUAUUGCUUUCAGACGCCAGCGAAUGCAAAUUGAUGAACCAGUCCCCCCCUCUGAAGUCAGUUCAUACCCAGUUCCUCAGCCAGAUGACCCUUACAUUGCAGACCUCUUGCAAGUGGCUGAUAACAGAAUUCAGGAACUUCAACAGGAAGUCUGCCAGUUACAAGAAAAGUUAGCAGUGAUGGAAAGUGGACUGAGAGACUAUAACAAGCAGAUUGAGCUAAGAGAACGAGAGAUAGAACGAUUAUCAAUUGCAUUGAACGGUGGUCGCUCCCCUGACAUCCUCUCUCUGGAGGCUAGAAAUAAAAGCAAUGAAAAGCUUAUUGCUCAUUUAAAUAUGCAGGUUGACUUUCUUCAGCAAGCUAAUAAAGACUUGGAGAAGCAUAUACAAGAGCUUAUGGAAACCAAGGAAACAGUGACUACUGAAGUUGUUAACUUAAGUAACAAAAAUGAAAAACUCUGCCAAGAAUUAACUGAAAUAGACCAGUUAGCACAACAGUUGGAAAGACAUAAAGAAGAAGUGCUUGAAACUGCUGAUAAAGAACUUGAGGAAGCAAAGAAAGAGAUUAAAACAAAGCUCUCUGAAAUGCAGAAUCUUGAAGAAACAAUGGCAAAACUUCAACUGGAAUUAAACUCAUGCCAUAAAGAAAAGGAGAAACUGAGUGAUGAACUCCUUAUAAAAUCAGACCUGGAAACUGUUGUUCAUCAGCUUGAACAAGAAAAGCAAAGACUUACCAAAAAAAUGGAAAGCUUUGCAAUUACAGAAAGAGAACUUACUUUGGAAGUUGAGAGGAUGAGGCUAGAACAUGGCAUAAAACGUCGAGACAGAUCGCCUUCUCGUUUAGACACAUUUCUGAAAGGUAUAGAAGAAGAACGAGAUUUUUAUAAGAAAGAACUAGAAAGACUCCAACAUAUAAUACAGCGAAGAUCUUGCUCUACAAAUUAUUUUGCACGUGAAAAAAGUUCAAUAUUUAAAACACUAGAAAAGGGUGAUUACAAUUCAGAAAUUCUUCUAGUCACAAGAGAAAGAGAUGAACUUCAGCAUAUGCUGGAAAGAUUUGAAAAACAUAUGGAGGAUAUACAGUGCAAUGUUAAAUUAUUAACAGCAGAAAGAGAUAAACUAAGUGUCUUAUAUAGUGAGUCUCAGGCGCAGUUAUCUGCACGAAGAGAAGAAUCCACCGAAUCCACAGUUUCCCAUACUAUUAUUAGUCUUAUGGAAAAGGAAAAAGAGCAUGCAUUGUCUGACUUAAGGAGGAUUAUGGCAGAAAAGGAAGCUUUAAAAGAAAAGUUAAAGAAUCUCCAGGAAAUGAGUCUUUUUGAAAAAUCAGAAUUAGAGAAAAGUAUUGAACAUUUGACAUGUGUUAAUCACCAGCUUGAAAAUGACAAAUGUGAAUUAAAGUCUAAAAUACUACUAAUGAAAGAAACAGUAGAGUCAUUAGAGAACAAAGCAAAACUCCAAGCUCAAAAACUUAGUCAUGUGGCUGGUGACUCAUCUCAUCAGAAAACAGAGAUGAACUCACUUAGGAUUGUAAAUGAGCAGCUACAGAAGUCACUUGAUGAUUAUCAGCACCGACUUUGCAUAAAAAGAGGUGAACUCGAAUCAGCACACACACAAAUUAAAACGCUGGAGGAAAAAAUAAGUAAACUGCACCUUAAGAUGACUUCACAGGAUGAAGAAGCUCAUGUAAUGAAAAAGACCAUUGGUGUUAUUGAUAAAGAAAAAGACUUGCUUCAGGAGACUGUAGAUGAGAAGACAGAAAAGAUUGCAAACUUGCAGGAACACCUAACUAAUAAAGAAAAAGCUAUUGUUCAGAUGACGAUAACAGUCUCAGAGUAUGAAUCGUCUAUGAACCAGCUAAAGGAAACAUUGGCUAAUCGGGACCGUGAAAUAAACAGCCUCCGGCACCAGCUCGAUGCAGCUCACAAAGAACUUGAUGAAGUAGGAAAAUCCAAAGAAAUGUCUUUUAAGGAAAAUAGAAGAUUACAAGAUGAUCUGGCUACAGUGGCAAGAGAAAACCAAGAAAUCUCAUUGGAAUUGGAAGCAGCAGUGCAAGAAAAAGAAGAAAUGAAGAGUAGAGUUCAUAAUUACAUUACUGAAGUGUCACGAUGGGAGAGCUUAAUGGCUGCCAAGGAAAAAGAAAAUCAAGAUUUGUUAGAUAGAUUUCAGAUGCUUCAUAACCGUGCUGAAGACUGGGAAGUCAAAGCCCAUCAAGCUGAGGGCGAAAACAGCUCAGUUCGACUGGAACUUCUUUCUAUUGACACGGAAAGGAGACACCUUCGAGAAAGAGAGGAGCUAUUAGAAAAAGAAAUUCAGGAGCACAUAAAUGCACAUCAUGCUUAUGAGUCUCAGAUCUCAUCAAUGGCAAAAUCCAUAUCUAGAUUAGAAGAAGAACUGAGACAUAAAGAAGAUGAGAAAGCAGCCGUAUUAAAUGAUUUGUCAUCUCUUAGAGAACUUUGCAUUAAGCUUGACUCAGGGAAAGAUAUCAUGACCCAAAAAUUAAAUUCCAAAAGCCUUGAGUUUGAGAGGGUUGUGGUGGAAUUAGAAAAUGUAAAAUCAGAAGCAGAGCUUUUAAAAAAACAACUGUCAAGUGAAAGACAUGCAAUUAAGAACCUUGAAUCAUUGUUGGCUACAAAUAGAGAUAAAGAAUUUCAUUCUCAUUUAACCUCCCAUGAGAAGGAUACAGAAAUUCAACUACUUAAAGAAAAAUUAACCCUUUUAGAAAGUAAAUUAAAUAGUCAAAGCCGGGAAAACACCAUGCUUCGGGCUAAAGUGGCACAAUUACAAACAGAUCAUGAUGCUCUAAAAAGGCAGAAUUCAACUGAGAGAUAUGAACGAGAACGAGCAAUUCAGGAAAUGCGUCGGCAUGGUCUUCUCACACCACCCCUAAGUUCUACUCUGAGAUCUCCUUUACAUUCUUCCGAACAUGUAAACUGAUACUUAUCAGAAAGGACCACUUCUCUGUGCUGGCUGCAAUCGCUGGAUGCUGACUGCUAGGCUGCUGCAUUAAUUUGAAUGAGAUUCAGCUUGUCAUAAAGCCUUAUAACAGCUCUGACAUAAACAUUUUCUCAUACUUGAUUCAUACUGCAUUUUAGAUCAGGGGUUGGUAAAUUAGAGUUGUGGGCAAAUCCACUCCACUGCCUAUUUUUGUAAACUAAGCUUUGUUGGAACAUAGCCACAACCGUUUGUUUACAUUAUUGUCUAAGAUUGCUUCUCUGCACUGGCAGAAUUGAGUAGUUGUGACAUAGACCCUGUGGCCCACAAAUCUAAGAUAAUUUACUUUCUGGCCUUUCAUAUCACUUAACCUCUGGAAAACUCAUGUGUGUACCCAUAAUACUAAGAGUAAAAAAGCAAACAAUUGAUUAGUUUUAUGAAAAUAGGCUUAUGUUCAAGACCUUCAAGACCCCCUAAAAGGGUCCUGAGCACUCCAAGUGAUCCCAGACUAUACUUUAAGAACCAUUGAUAAAGAACAUGGUGGAUUCCAGCAAUCUCUAAAGGUGCAAUCAAUUAGAAAAGUCUUUUUAGUUGCAAUAAAAUAUAUAAAUAACAUGAACUUUGCCAUCAUAACUAUAUUUUAAGUGUUCAACUCAGUGGCAUUAAAUUCAUGUUGUGCGACCAUCAUCACUAUAUCCAGAACUUAUCCAUGAAGCAAUAACUCUCCAAUCCCUUGACCUUACCUCCCCAGCCUCUGGUAAUCUCUAAUCUACUUUUCUCCUCUACGAAUUUGCCUGUUCUAAAUUUCCAUACAAGUGAAACCAUACCAUUUUUGUCCUUUUACAACUGGCUUAUCUGAUUUAGGAUAAUGUUUGCAGGGUUCAGCUAUGUUGUAGCAUGUAUCAAACCUUGAUUCUUUCUUAUGCCUGAAUAAUACUUCUUUUUAUGUUUAUAUGACUUUUUUUUAUCCUUUCAUCAGUUGAUGGACACCUGGGUUGUUUUCACCUCUUAGCUAGGGUGAAUAAUGCUGUUACAAACAUAGGUAUCAUACAAGUAUUUGUUUUAGUUCCUGUUUUCAAAUCUUUUGGCAGUACCUGGGAGUAGAAUUACUGGAUCAUAUGGUAAUUCUAUGUUUAACUUUUUGAGUACCUGCCAAACUUUUUCUACAUGCCUGUACCAUUUUACAUUUCCAUCAGCAAUGUAACAGUUCCAAUUUUCCAUAUUCUUGCCAACACUUAUUUUCCUUUUAAAAUUAUAGCCAUCCUAAUAGGCAGAUUUGGAAUUUCUACAACUAUUAACAAGUUUCCAUACUAUCUUAAUGGUGUUGAUAAUUGGUAACCCAUUUCCAUUCAUAUUUUUUAAAUAUAGCCACCAAAACUAAUUUUAAGGGAUUUUCCCAUAAGUACUUAGAAAUGAAUAUGAAAUAUUCCUAUUAAUUCAUAUUUUUAAUAUCUCUCUAAUAGUUAAAGUAUGUGAUCCAAUUUUGUUUUUAAUUUUUUUGACUAUUGUAACAAAUACAUGCUCGUUGAGAAGAUAUGAACUACAAAAGCAGAAAGGAAACCAAGAUCAAUUUAUUUUUACAUUUUUUAAAUUGCAGUAAAAUAUACGUAACAUCAAAUUUAUCAUUUUAACAACUCCUAACUCUGCAUUUCUCUGGCAAUUUUUGCAUUCAUGUUGUGCAAAAAUAAUCUCCACCAUCAUCUCCAGAAGUUUUUCAUCUUCUGUAAAUGAAACUCUGUGCCCAUUAAACACAACUCCCUUCCCCUCACCCUUGGCAACCACUAUUGUAAUUUCUGUCUCUGUAAAUUGACUACUCUAUGUAUCUCAUAUAAGUGGAGUCAUAGAGUGUGUGUGCUUUUUGUGGACUUGCUUAUUUCAUUUACCAUAAUAUUUUUAAAGUUCAUCCAUGUUGGAGUAUAUGUCAGAAUUUCUUUCCUUUUUGAAGCUCAGUAAUAUUCUAUGGUAUGUAUAUACCACAUUUUGUUUAUCCUCUCUUCAAUUGAUGGACACUUCGGUUGUUUCCGCUUCUUGGCUAUUGUGAAAAUGCUGCUAUGAACAUAGAUGUUCAAUCAAAAUAAUUUUCAAUCCUACAACCCAGAGAAAAGAGCAGUUCACAUUUUGGUAUACUUGUAUUUAAUUUGGAAUAAACAUACAAAUGCAUAGAUGUACAUAUGUAAUUCUAAUGAAGAUCAUACUCAAAAUAGUUUUUAUCCUGCUUUUGUUUUAUUUCUGUGAGAUUUUUCCCCUUAAUAUUGCUGUAUUUAUUCUUAUAAUUAAAAGCAUUUUCAAAAGUGCCAUUUUAAAAUAGUGAUGUAAUGCUCAUCACAUGGGUAUUUUGUGAUUUAUUUAAUCAUCCUUUUAUGGGACAUACAGCUGCCCGAUUUUUUUUCUCUUAUAAAUGUUUUAUAUCAUUGGACAAUGUGUGUGACAGUUUCUACUUAAGUAUAUCUUCCUACAUACAGAAAAAUAUAGUUACUUUCUCAGCAUUUCCAUUUGGAAUUUUUUUAUUUUAAUGUGUGCAUUUUGAUUAAGAGGGUGAUUAGAUAGCAUAUAAGGUCAAAAUACUUGGAAAAAUAAUUGAUUGUAAAUAACAUGCUACUAUAAGACUCAGAGAACAUAAUUUAUAGUAAUAGUAUGUAAUUUUAUUAAACCUAGAUAUUAUCCAUUUUUGUGAGUCAUUAUUCUUAAUUGUGUUACCCCUUCUUUUCAGUAUGUAUCAUCUAUUUAGUUCUCUUGUGCUUUGAUGUAUUUUGGUAGUUUGAGGGGAAUAUAUUUUUGAAUUACAGAGCAGUCCUUAACUAUUCAAUAUGACUUGAUUGUGGGCAAGGGCUUUUAUUAGAGACUAUAAUUUCAAUUAAAAUAUUACUGAAUCUCUGUUUUGUGAAUAUUCUUAACCCACCUUUCUUCCCCUCUUUUGCAGAAUGAUGGCUUUCAAUGAAUUGGCUAUAUGGGUCUUUUAAAAGAACAGUAAUGAAAUAUUUGAAUUACUUGUUCCUGAAAAUCAUGAACAUUGACACAAAUUCUACCUCUGUCAACUUUUAUUUAAAUCAGUGAAUAUUUAUAUAAAAACUAUGGUUUAAAAGAACUAUAUCGGUGUGUAUAUUUUCAUAUAUAUGGCAACAAAAUAUGUAAAAUAGUGCUGAUAUCUGUAUUUUUAUUAUUUCUGACUUAAAUUACUCCAGUGUGUUUAUACUGUGAAUUAAUAUAAUGUAUUGUUCACAUUGUGCUUUAAUAAUAUUUUUCCUAAUGAGUCAUGAUAUAUGUAUGUAAAUAUUCUUACUGUACUUGUUUUUAGUGUUUAUUUAGUUUCCAUGCCUAUGUUUAUCACCCAUAUCUUUAACACAUUCACAAAGAAUUAUCAACUUUGAUGCUAUGCUGUCAUGCUUAACUUUUUUCUUCUAAAUGUAAAACUAUUCACAAUUUGCUGUCCAUCAGGGGGAAUAUAUUCAGGUCUAUUCUUAUAAUAGCAGAGGUCUUGAUAAAAUAAUGGUCACCAUAGAUAAUUUGUUGUUGCAAACUGGAAGAACUGUGAUAGGAAGGAUACACUUACAUUAUAUAAUACUAUAUUGUUUUGACUACCACAUGGAUUCUUCACAUAAUACAAAUUCUAUCCAAAUCAAACUAAAAGCUGUCUUCAGAAUUUUGUAAAACAUUAGAACAGAUAUUUGGGACUUUUUUUCAGUAAAUAAAAUUCCUUGCUGUAUUAACCUAAAACUUAUGGGUAUAAAAGUGUGCGGGGUAAAUAUAGUAAAAUAUUUUGUUAAAAUUCCAGUGUAUACAUUCAAUAAUACCAGGUUUUGUCUUCUAAACCUGUAUGUUAUAAUUUGUCAGUCUUGCAGAAUAGUAUGUAAAAACUGUAGCAUAUUAAAUAAUUAAUUUUCAAAGUUACAA